GCGCCCUCCCGGAGCCGCGCGGGGCACCGGGGUGAACCCCGGCCUCUCUCCGCGCCUGCAGGAGCCCCGGGGCCAACCAGAGCGCGCGACGGGCGGACACAGCGUCACGGGCCGGGUGGGCGACCCCGGCGCGCGCCUAGCAGACGCCGCAACUUCGGGGCUCCCGGCGGCAGCGGCCGCCUGCGGCCAGACGCAGGGAAGUUCCCAGAGGCCAGCGGGGGGAAAGGGCGGCGGGAGGCGGGCGCGGAGCGUGUCCUGGAUAACGGGCGCGGGCCGCGGCGCCGGCUUCCUGGGCUCGCGGGCGGAGCGGAGCCGCCAGGCUGGAGUCGCGGGCUUUCCCGGGACUCUCCCCGAGUGCCAAGAAGCGGCUCGUGGGCGCGCCCUUGCCGGGAGCAGGGGCAUCCUGCCGUCCUGGCCCUUCGGAGCCCAGCGCCGCCCAGCCUGGCCAGCGCUGCUGCGGGGCGCAGGGGGCCCGGGGGAGCCACUGAGCCCGGCUUCCUGACGCUCGCCUUUCGGAGUCGCCUGCCGCUUCUCCGCAGCCCUGGACCAGAGGGGACAAGCGAUGCUGCCCGAGCCCCCGCCCCUGGGCUUCGGGACAGGGACACGGGGCGCGUGAAAGGACUGCUACCGCGGCUUCUGCGCCAGGGCAACCGGGGCUGGAGGGGGCCUCCGAGUUCUUUGGGGGCGGAAGCUGCGGGCCGCGCCUCCCAGGCCGCGCCCUUCCCAGAGACCAGCUUCUGGGCUUUUUAAGGUCAAGUUUUUUGUGCCGCAGAGCGGGCCGGGAUCGUCCCCCUGCGAGGUGGCGGUGCCUACCACAGCGGGUCGGGAGCUUCUGGGAUCCGAGCCGAGAAGCGGGACGCUCGAGUCCAUUUGCAGUCUUCACGUAGGAAACGGUGCUAGGGCCCAUGUUCUAGAACUGCAUCCUCGGUCACUGUCCCAAUACAGCCAUCUGUAGCACCUCCUCAGUAACUGACAGUGAUGUUCCUUUCCCUGUGCUGUUUAUACCAUCAGCCUGGGGUUUUCUUUGGAGGUGACACAAAGAACAAUAAGAAUGUAAGGUCAUCUAGGCAAGAAACUUGUCUUUCCGCUCCUCUGCAUGACUCCUGGAGUGCUGUGGGAGUGUGGAGGAACCGCAUCUGACUGAGUCAUCGUCCCACCUAAUGGUCUCACUCCAGAACAUCCCCUGGGCUUGGCAAUGAGCGAGUCACCAAGGGAGAAUCAGUGACUUCAUUGAAAUCAAGGAGCUGCAGUAGCAGGAUGUUAGCUUAUUCAACUAGAUCAGGAUGCUUUUUAAAUGAAGAUAUUCAAAUGUUAUUUUAAACAUACCCUACAACAGAAAGUUUUCAUCCUGUUUUUAACCCUAUGGCUGCUCUCUUUGUUAAAGCUUCUAAACGUGAGACGACUCUUUCCGCAAAAAGACAUUUACUUGGUUGAGUACUCCCUAAGUACCUCGCCUUUUGUAAGAAACAGAUACACUCAUGUUAAGGAUGAAGUCAGGUAUGAAGUUAACUGUUCGGGUGUCUAUGAACAGGAGCCUUUGGAAAUUGGCAAGAGUCUGGAAAUAAGAAGAAGGGACAUCGUUGACUUGGAGGAUGAUGAUGUUGUGGCAAUGACCAGUGAUUGUGACAUUUAUCAGACUCUAAGAGGUUAUGCUCAAAAGCUUGUCUCAAAGGAGGAGAAAAGCUUCCCAAUAGCCUAUUCUUUGGUUGUCCACAAAGAUGCAAUUAUGGUUGAAAGGCUUAUCCAUGCUAUAUACAACCAGCACAAUAUUUACUGCAUCCAUUAUGAUCGUAAGGCACCUGAUACCUUCAAAGUUGCCAUGAACAAUUUAGCUAAGUGCUUCUCCAAUAUUUUCAUUGCUUCCAAAUUAGAGGCUGUGGAAUAUGCCCACAUUUCCAGACUCCAGGCUGAUUUAAAUUGCUUGUCGGACCUUCUGAAGUCUUCAAUCCAGUGGAAAUAUGUUAUCAACUUGUGUGGGCAAGAUUUUCCCCUGAAGUCAAAUUUUGAAUUAGUGUCAGAGUUGAAAAAACUCAAUGGAGCAAAUAUGUUGGAGACGGUGAAACCCCCAAACAGUAAAUUGGAAAGAUUUACUUACCAUCAUGAACUUAGACGGGUGCCUUAUGAAUAUGUGAAGCUACCAAUAAGGACAAACAUCUCCAAGGAAGCACCCCCCCAUAACAUUCAGAUAUUUGUUGGCAGUGCUUAUUUUGUUUUAAGUCAAGCAUUUGUUAAAUAUAUUUUCAACAACUCCGUCAUUCAAGACUUUUUUGCCUGGUCUAAAGACACAUACUCUCCUGAUGAGCACUUUUGGGCUACCUUGAUUCGGGUUCCAGGAAUACCUGGGGAGAUUUCCAGAUCAGCCCAGGAUGUGUCUGAUCUGCAGAGUAAGACUCGCCUUGUCAAGUGGAAUUACUAUGAAGGCUUUUUCUAUCCUGGUUGUACUGGAUCUCACCUUCGAAGCGUGUGUAUUUAUGGAGCUGCAGAAUUAAGGUGGCUUAUCAAAGAUGGACAUUGGUUUGCUAAUAAAUUUGAUUCUAAGGUGGACCCUAUCUUGAUUAAAUGCUUGGCAGAAAAGCUUGAAGAACAACAGAGAGACUGGAUCACUUUGUCCUCAGAAAAGUUAUUUAUGGAUAGAAAUCUCACUACCACAUCAUGAUAGUAAAAUCAGGAUGGAAAUAAGAGGGUGCCUGAUAAAUGGAGUCAGUGUGGAAUUGAAUACUAUACUAUGCCCGAUACUGUUUAAACUCAGUCCUCCCAUAUUUUAAAAGGUGUCCAAAAUUCCAUACGCAAGGGAAAGUGAUCUAGCCUUUGAUGUUAUUAGCCUGCAGUUGGCUAGGUUUUUUUAAUAUUUGUUUUUGCUUGUAAUCUCACUGAGCUAAAUCAGAGAUCUUAAACAUUCAGUCAGUCAUCAAACAUUAUUGAGCACCUAACUGUAUGACAGAACCUUUUUUAGAGACUGCGGCUUAUCCUCAUCAUAGCAACCUCGGUAUCUUUAAGUUCUCCACGUAACAGUCAGGAUUCUACUGAAGAAGUUUUUGAAGUUUGUGGUCAUAUAAGCCACCCAUUUCAGAGUAGUGUUUAAGUAUUGUGACCAACACUCCACUUGUCUCUUAACUCAGCUUCCAAGAUAUUUCUUAACCAUUAGAGCAGAGGAGGAAAGACUCACUACCUCAGAAAAAUCUCAAAGAAUAGUCCAAUUUCCUGCUUGCCAAAGCAUAAUCUGCCUUUUGGUGCAUUACUUGGUCAAUUCAGGGUUGAGGAGACUGUUGGGGGGCAUUUAUAGUGUAUGAAAGUUAAGGAAAGGGGUGAGGAUAUGGGUUGGGACAGGUAGUACCUCAAGAGGAGCGAAGGGAUUUAUACAACAUUUUUAUCAUGUUACAAAACAGUAUCAUGAAUGGCCUCCUUUUUAGUUCAACUGUUUCUUUAAAAUGCAUUUACUGAUUAAAAAUAAGAACUGACCAAUAGCUCCAAGUGUCACACACCAGAACAUUAAGCCUAAGUCCUCAAUUCAUAAGUUAUCAUUCUAGAUAAGUUUCUUUACAAUGAUACUUUCUAUGGAAUCAUUAUAAUUCUGUUGUAUGGAACUAUCAAGCUAAGAGUCACUAAACUUUCUUGAAAAGGUUGUGUGAAAUAUUACAGCUUUCUAAAUUAAUUUUUAUAGUCAUUUAAAAUUUUUUCUUCUCUGGCAACUGUCCAACUGGAAUCCAGAUUUAAAGUGAUAAAAGCUCUAAGUUUCUUGCAGUCUUUUUCUCAGCUUAGUUGCAGAGAGAAAAAAGCUAAUUUUCCUAAGGACACAGCAAGAAUAUUCAUUAAGGAUAUUUUCUAAAACCCACACUUGAGAAAACCAC